GACCCUCCGCGCCCGGGCCGGUCGCGCCUGGCGGGCGCUGCCAAGGGCUGCGAGGAGGAAAGGUCGGCGCCGCCGCGGACCGUCCUUCGGCUGCGGAUUGGCGUGGCCGACCACUACCGCCGCGCAGGCCUGCGCUUCCAGCGGGCGCUCGGGGACAUGGCUUUGAUGUCUGUCUUUCAUUGGGCGCAGAUUUCGGAGCCCCUGGGCGCGCGGCCCGCUUUCGUCCACGCGGCCGACUUCGUCUACGCGCAGUGGCCGCGCCUGUUCUGGUGCCUGGAG